AUAGAUUUAUUUGCUCUGAUUGGUCAAUCAAACUUGAAACGCUUCAAAGUUUUCGUAAUGUCAAAUGAAACGCAUCCAUUGAUCGUAGUUCUCACGUGGUCGUUGCUUAGCAACCGUUUGACAUUACAUUGACUGGGAUCGUGAGUUAUCGUAGAACAUGAUUUAAAGACAACCAUACAAUGACGGACGAAGUACGAUCCGAAGUGAUAAAGAAAACGCAAGAUUUACUUGGAAAAUAUUUCAAGAAGCCACCAUUAACCGAGAAAUUGCUGCGAAAACCACCGUUUCGCUUUCUUCAUGAUAUUAUAACAGCUAUUAUUAAAGAGACGGGUUUCUUGAAAGGAUUAUAUACCGAUGAGGAGUUAAAUUCAGAUAAUAUAAAAGAUAAAGAGGCAAAGCUUGCCUUUUUGACAAAACUCAUUGACGUUGUCAAAUUAAUUUCAGGUGCUAAUCUAAUGGUUAGAGCAAGUAAGAUAAUUUCUGGUCAAGAACCGACAAAGACAAAUGACUUAUUGCAAGCUAUUGGAAAAUGUCUCGAUAAAAAAGUCAGUAGUGUAGAAGCGAUUGAACAUUAUAAAAAAAAUUUGGAAAAGAAAAAAUCAAAAUCUACAAUUAAAGAUGAAACUUCAAAAAAGCCAGCACCAAGGCAAGCAUCGCAAACGAGGAAAUCAUCGGAGAAAGAUAAGAUUUCGAUGGAUCGAAAGAAAAGAUCAUCUAGUACGGGAAAAGUAGCAUCGAGCGAAACAAAGAACGUCAAUGAUAAAGCAAGAAAAGAGAACAAAAAGGAAAACUUGAAGAAUGUUGAGGCUAUAGAUAUUCCACCAGCUGAGCCAGUUGAAGAUAAAGUUCCUACUUCGGCGCAAAAAAGAAGGCCUUCUUCAUCUGCUAAAACAAAGCAAAAUGCUAUAAUCUCACCCCAUGAACCAAUAAAAGAGGAACAGAUACAACAUCGGAGUUCAUCAAGUAAAAUAAGACAUUCAGCGCAAGUAAGUGGCUCACAGGAGAAAAUAGCAAAUCUGCCCUCAGAGAUGUCUCUGAAUAACGAAGAACAAAAUAAAUCAGAAAUAAAUCAGAUGAGUAAUUAUAACAAAGAAAUUAAGAAAAAUGGAGUAUCGGAAGAAAAUAAGGAACGGCAACAGAGCGCUGAAAAAAAGAGCGAGCAAAUGCCAACAACAGAAUUUGCAGAUUCUCAAAAUGAAACAACUACUGAAACGACCGUUUUGCAGCAAUCCAAUGAAAGGCCUAAAACUUCCUUAAGACCGCCUAGUGCUAGACCUAUCAGUGCUAGACCAGCCGCUCCCAGAAUAAGAGCAAAGACAGAUUUAAUUAUCAACGAGGAGAUACAGACACCAAUAGGAAAUAUUAGUGUUAUUGUCGAAGACGCAGACUUGAAGGAUGAUGAUGAAGAUAUGGUAGUCAUGGAAACUAAGGGAAGCAGUGGCGAUAACUUAGAGAAUGGAGAUUAUAAGAUAGACAAUCAGCUGAUGCAGGAACAUGGGCAUUUGGUGGCACAAAUCUUAGAAACUCAAAGAGAAUUAGUUAAUACCGACAAUGUUGAUGUGUUACCGAAAAAAGUGGACAUUGCAUGGGAAUCAGGUUCGAAACGCGAUCGAGAAGUAGUAGCUAAGGAAAUUGACAAAUUACGUGGAACAAUACAGACACUAACGCGUGCGACGAAUCCUCUAGGGAAAUUGUUAGAUUAUGUACAGGAAGACGUAGAAGUAAUGCAGAAAGAACUGUUGGAUUGGAAAAGCCAGUAUCGCCAGUUAAAUGAACAAUUGGAAAAGGAACAAAAAGAAACACAAGAAAUGAUAGAACCUAUGAAAGAAACAUUAAAAGAAAUUGACGACAACAUGAAGAUGCAAUUGGGCAAAAUACGUCAAGUAAAGGCACAAAUUAUGAAAAAUGAUCAAAAAAUUCGACGAUUACUUAAUGGUAAUUUAUAGUGCGCGUAUAUUAUUUACUACUGUAUAUUAGACUGUAAAUAUUUUUAUAGGCUAUU